AUGGGUCUGGACAUGGACAAUGGGUCUGUCCAGCAGGAGGACAGGGUCUCAGGGAGUGAGAGCUCGGGAGCCUCUGAGGAUGAGGCUGAGGUCAACGUGGGCUCGUCCGUGGUGCUCAGCGGUCCCCAGCAUCUGCACGAGUCCAUGUGCGAUGAAGAGUCUGACCGGAGAGGUCAGCUGGCCUGUGGGGAUGACAAUCACACCUGCGGACACUUUCUCACCUCCACCUCCGGGAUUGGGACUGAAAACCAACCCCAGCAGAAACCCUGCAGUGCAGUGUACUGUCUGGGGCAGCUGGUCAACCUCAUCACAGGGUUUGGGGGCACAGGGACCGGGAUGUCGGCUCCGCGCGCCGCUACCCCGCAGCCCGGCGCGCGCCGAUGUCUCCCCCCAGCGGCCGUGCGCGUGUCGCCGCGGGAGCCGGGCGGCUGGCGGGCGGCGGGGGAGCGGCGCGGCGCAGGCAGUCCCGCGGCUCCGCCCCGCGCCCCCCUCCCCGGCCGGCAGGACCGCCCCCCUCCGCGCCGCGCUCGGCUCAGACUGAGCAGCCGCCUUUGCAAUGUCAGCAGCCGCGGCGGCGGCGGCGGCGGUCGGGGCCCCGCGGUAGCGGCCAGCGCAGCACGGCCCGGCGGGCGCGCACGGCGCGAGCCCGCGGCCGCCUCGCUGCCUUCGGGGCGCUGCGGACGGCUCGGCGCGCCCCGAGGCGGCGCUCGGACUCGAAGCCAGCCCGGCUGCGGCCGCUCACAAAGGACCGCGGACACCAGGCUCCGGGGGGCUGCGCGCAGGGACCGGCCGGGGGACGGCCCGCCGCGGCGCGUCCCCUCCACGCUUCCCCUCCCCGGGCGGCUGGAGCCCGAGCCAGAGCGGGCCCCGUCAUAUGACGGCGGCGACCCAGCGGCCGGCGAGCGCGCGUGCUGCCCGCUCGGCUGCGCCACGGCCGCCGGCGCCAGGGGUGGCCCGCGCCGCGCCCCGCUGAGUGGUCGCCGGUCGCCGCCGCCCCGCGCCCCCCGCGCCCCGGCUCUCGGGCUCCGGGGGCAGGAGCCGAGGGGAGCCCCGCGCCGGCGCCGAGCCUAA